AUGGGCUUAGCCCGAUUUGACUUGAAACAAGAAUCUCUCUCUCUCGUCGUGGAUGGCGUCCCGAGAGUCGAAGCGUCGGAAGAAGAGGUUGUCGAGGCGCUGGAGAAGAGGAUCGGCGAAGUUGGCGCGGUGAGGAGCGUCCGUGCGCUGUCUUUGAGGAGGCCGGGCGCACCUUUCGGGUCGUACAUGGUUGUCCUGUGGAACAACAAACACGUCAGCGACUUCCUAGGCAACGAGGGACGCCUCUGGCUCGCCCCCACGGUCUGCGCAAGGUGCGAGAGGGCGAGAGGGAAGAAAGAGAUGACGCACCGGGAGGAGGCGGGCACGGCGGCGGCGGGGGCCGCGGAAGGCGCCAAGGAUGCACUGGUUGGCGCGAGGAGCAUGGAGAAGGGCCCAGCAGGCGGGCACAAGUCGAAGAAGCGGGAGAAGAGUGAGGAGAAGGAGAAGAAGGACGAGCCGGCUCGCACGAAACUCGCUAAGUCCGGAGACGGCUCGCUCGCAACUUCGCCCUCGCUUGGCGGGACUGGCCGCAACUCGCCGAUUACAACCAUCACAACAUCCUCUACACCUGCGAACCCCUUCGAGCCCGUCCUGCCGCCCGAACUCGCCAACUUCUCCAUCGAGCGAUCCCCCGACGCCGAUUUCGGCGCCCAAGUCGACGAGAUCGCGGAUUCUGCGGGGGCAAAGGGUCAGCAAGUAAGUCCCCCUUCAAGCGAGUAUGCAGCCCCAUUGCUGCGCGCCCCUGCGAAGUCAGACGGAAUUGAAGCCCGCGUUAGCGAGGACUCUUCCCUCUCCGCAGACCCGAGGAACGCACCUGCAUUGCCAUCGCUCCGCGCGCCCUCCACCGAGACACACCGCAUUGACUCGACGCCCAAUGGGGCCUCCGCCCCGUCAGCCACCGUCGCCCCCUGCGAAAAGGACAGGGUCGACAACGUCGAAGCCGGUCGUGGAAAGAGGACGAUUCCUGCGGGUGCAAUGCGUCAGCAAGUAAGUCACCCUCAAGUCGAGUAUGCGCCCCCGGCGCUACACGCACCUGCGAAGUCAGACGGAGUUGAGACCCGCGUUAGCAAGGAACCCUCUACCUUCGCAGAAACGCGGGACGCACCUCACUUGCCCUUGCUCUGUGCGCCCUCCAACAACCCCUACCGUACCGACUUGACGCCCUCGACUGGCGCCUCCGCCCCCUCGACUUCCGACACGCUCCUUGUCGCCGAAUCUCCUCUCUCCCCGACGCUCGCCGCACGCCGCCAAUCCCCUUUGCCCUUCCUCGAGUCCGAGACCACCAGUGGCAUCUGGACGCACGUCCCUACGCCGCUCGCCGACCGCCCGACCCAGUACCGCGCCAUGCCGAUCAUCAACUUCGAGUCAAUGGCGAGCGAAGCGGACAAGUCGUGGGCGGUCGAGACCGAGGAGGCAUUUCCGAUGACGAGGUCGGAAUCAAAGGAGGAGAGGAGGGAGCCGGAAGUCGAAGGAGGAGAGGUGGAUGGGUGGAAGAAGGUUGAGAAGUCAAGGAAGGGGAAAGAAACGGCGACGCGGGCGACGUCGACGGCGAAGGGCGAGCAAGGCAAGAAGAAGGGCGCUAAGGGGAAGGUGCUGUCAAGGGCAAGGCGAGUUGCGGUACUGGCGCCGAAGAAGGAGCUGCGGACAAAGGAGAGUCAGUCCCGCCCCGAGUCUCCCGACCCCCUCGACCUCCUCUCCCCCUCCCAAUAA